CUCCCGGCCGGGGCCGCGCCGCGCUGGCCAGCGGUCGGCAUAUGGCGCCGCGGAGGUCCGCCGCGGCCGCCCGCCUCCUGGCUCUCGCCCUGGCGGCGCUGGCGCUGCGGCAGCUGGCCGCCCGCGCGUUCGUCGCGCCGCCGCGCGCGCAGGCCGACCUCCCCGCCGCAGCGGCGACCCUGGCGGGGGCCGGCGUCAUCGCCACCGCGCCGCUGCCCGCGCGGGCGAUCGAGCUCACCUACGAGGGCUUCGGAGCCCCGGAGCUGCUCGUCAUCGCCCUCCCGUGGCUGAUCGCCGUCCCCGGCUUCACCCAGUGGCUCAUGGUCCAGCCGUUCAAGGACGAGGACGUCAAGGGCUACGGCACCCUUGGCCGCACGGUGGACGCCCCUGGCGAGGCGGGCUACUUCCGCCGCAGCCCCGAGUCUGGCUGA